CUCUACGUAUGACAACUCACAGAGUGAGUUAAUUUACUUUAUCUGCAUCAAACUUUAGUCUUCAUCUACAUUUCCCCGCCGAACCCAACCAUCUUGAUCUCAUCACAGAUCACAAUGCUAAGUCGCAGACGACUCGUCGUUUCGCUCUCGCUCGCCACUCUUCUAUUCCUUUCCUCCUCCUCUCUCACUCUCUCCAAGAAAGCCCCUCAAAACGACGACGACGACGAAGAUCUCAGCUUCCUCGAGGAACUCGAUGACACCGCCACUUCACACCACAAUUUCCCAGAUCCCGACCACUUCCACGACGGAGAAGGCGACGACGAUGACGGAGACUUCGACGACUUCUCCAGCUUCGACCCCUCGGUCGAGGAGGCGUACAAGGAGCCCGCGGUGGACGACAAAGACGUCGUCGUAUUGAAGGAGCGCAACUUCACCACCGUAAUCGAAAACAACGAAUUCGUGAUGGUGGAAUUCUACGCCCCCUGGUGCGGUCACUGCCAGGCCUUGGCGCCGGAGUACGCCGCCGCCGCCACCGAAUUGAAGUCCGACGGCGUCGUUUUGGCCAAGGUGGAUGCCACUGUGGAGAGCGAAUUGGCCGGCGAGUACGACGUUCAGGGUUUCCCCACUGUCUUCUUCUUCACCGAUGGGGUUCACAAGCCUUACACUGGCCAAAGAACCAAAGAUGCUAUAGUGACAUGGGUUAGAAAGAAGAUAGGACCUGGUGUGUACAACAUAACUACGUUGGAUGAUGCUGAACGCAUUUUGACCUCUGAAAGCAAAGUUGUUUUGGGCUUCCUUGACUCUCUAGUCGGUGCUGAGAGUGGCGAGCUAGCUGCAGCAUCAAAACUUGAGGACGACGUCAAUUUUUAUCAAACUACUGUACCUGAUGUGGCAAAGCUUUUCCAUAUUGAUCCAAGUGUUAAACGCCCUGCAUUGGUCUUGCUCAAGAAAGAGGAGGAGAAAUUGAACUAUUUUGAUGGUCAAUUUGUAAAAGCUGAAAUAGCCAGCUUUGUAUCCUCUAACAAACUUCCUUUGGUUACAACUUUUACAAGAGAAAGUGCCCCGUCAAUCUUUGAAAGUCAAAUCAAGAAACAGUUGUUGCUGUUUGUGAGCUCAAAUGACACAGAGAAGUUAGUCCCUGUAUUUGAAGAAGCAGCAAAAUUUUUCAAGGGGAAGCUGGUCUUUGUUCAUGUGGCAAUGGAUAAUGAAGAUGUUGGAAAGCCUGUUGCAGAUUAUUUUGGUAUCACCGGAAAUGCUCCCAAAGUACUUGCAUUCACCGGAAAUGAUGAUGGAAGAAAAUUUUUGCUUGAUGGAGAGGUGACGGUUGACAACAUUAAGGCAUUUGGGAACAAUUUCCUUGAAGACAAGCUAAAACCUUUCCUCAAGUCAGAUCCAGUUCCUGAAAGUAAUGACGGUGAUGUGAAAAUAGUUGUGGGGGAUAACUUUGAUGAAAUUGUCUUGGACGAGUCGAAGGAUGUUCUGCUUGAGAUUUAUGCUCCCUGGUGUGGCCACUGCCAAGCCCUAGAACCAACAUACAACAAGCUUGCAAAACAUCUUCGUGGCAUUGAGUCUAUUAUUAUAGCCAAGAUGGACGGAACAACAAAUGAGCAUCCCAGGGCAAAGGCUGAUGGAUUCCCCACUAUUCUCUUCUUCCCAGCAGGAAACAAGAGUUCUGACCCCAUAACUGCUGAUGUGGAUCGUACAGUGGUAGCCUUCUAUAAGUUCCUCAGGAAACAUGCAUCAAUCCCGUUCCAGCUCCAGAAACCAACCUCAACUAAAUCUGGGAGCGAGAGUUCUGAUGUCAACAAGGAGAGCCAGAGUUCUGAUGUCAAGGAGACCCAUCGUAGCAGCACCGAAUUGAAGGACGAAUUAUGAGAGUUAAAUGACACUGCUAUUUUAGAGGGACGAUCCAGACAGAUGACAAGAAAGUGAAAAGAUGCUGAGCAAAGAAAAUAACAUAACGACUGAGUGAGAAAAACUGUCUAUUUUCCCUCAUCCUGGCCAAAAGACAAAUAGCCAGAAAAGGGCAGUGGAAAAAUGAUAUGUAUUAGCUUCUCCAACUUGACAAGUUUGUCUAUUAGAAUUUUGGUGAGAUUUUAACUUAAAAAAUGCCUCUAAAUUUUAUUUUAUCAGUACUCAAAUUUAUUCACGGUAUUACAUUUUUUUUAUGGACAAUAGGGCACAAAGGCCCAAAAACGAAGUAAGAAAAUUUUCGAGGUACA